AUGGCCAUGUACCUGAAGAACAACGAAAGACGGUUGCCUACGGAGCUGCAGCACCAUCUUUGCUUUUUAUGUGGCACUUUAUUUCGUGAACGACAUGAAUAUCAAAAGCAUCUGAUCAGCCAUCAAUCUUUUGCACUGGUCUACCAAAUAUAUAAUUUUGACAAGGCUGAGAGUGAAAGAAGGGCUAAUGAGAAAGCUAAAAAGCCGGAGCAGAAGCCGGGACGGAUUGGACAUACGUUUUCGGACGACUAUUCCAAGAGCAAAGGAUCAUCAUCGCUCCGUCAGUCAGAGGAGCUAGAGAGGGAAAUGAGAUAUCGUGCCAAAGGCCGUCCACGAGCAGCGGAUAAGUUGGAGAAAAUGCAUCGUGAAGAGCGUAAGCAGUAUUUGCGUGAGAAGGAGCGUGAGGAGGAACUUAAUGCUGAGCGAGAACGUCAACGCAAGAUUGAGGCUGCACGAAAGCGCAGAGAAACAAGGAAGAGGAAAUUGGACGAACACGCAGCGAUGGCUGCAAUGAGAGAUCAUGCCAUUCCCAUAGCGAAGCGCAAGCCACCGAGCAGAGAUUCGAUUUCAACUCCACUCGUAUCGCCGACGACAGCAGAUGAGCCAAGCACAUCAACACCACCGCAACCACCCCCACCACCAAGACCAGUGCUGCCACGGGAAACUGCCUCUGGGUUCUCUAUUGGCCCAUUGCCAAAGGAAAAAUGUCCCUACUGCAGCACAGGGGAGUCACUUGAGCAUCCCGUGGAUGCCAUAGAGCACAUUGUGGAUCAUGGCGGCAGUGUCUUAGAUGUAAAACUGCAUUUCUACGAGGAUGAUAAAUUUAUCGCUACGGAGACACAGCUUACAGGGGAGAAAUGCAACGUGUGUGAUGUGAACUUCGAUUUUCCAACCCAG